CUCAGCAACAACUACCCCCACCAUUACCAUUUGGAGCUGCUAGUCAAAAGCAUAUAUCAGAUCAAAAAUUAUUGCUGCUUUCUACUUCAUACACCUCCCUUUAUAAAACCCCAUCAAACCUUAACUCUUCUUCCUUAGCCUUGUUAACCUCCUCAUCUCUAUUCCCUCUUCUCUCUUCUCUCUUUCUCUCCAUCUGCAAAUGUCUAUAAUAUCUGUAAAAUCGCCUAAACACUGUGGCAAACAAGGAGUGAAUGUUGAAAAGGCUUACAAGAAGCUUGUCUGUGCUGGCUCUGCUCUAUUCACUACAAUCCUCUCCAUAAUACUCUUAGUUUGGCUAAUCCUUCACCCAACAAAGCCUGAGUUUUCACUCAAAGAAGCUGAUAUUUACCUCUUAAACCUCUCAAAUGUUAAUCUCCUCAACUCAUCAAUCCAACUCACUCUAUUCUCUAAAAACCCGAAUCAGAAAAUUGGUAUUUACUACGACGAGUUACAAGUUUAUGCCACUUACAAAGGCCAACAGAUUACUCUUUACACUUCUCUUCCUCCUUUCUACCAAGGACAUGAAGAUACUAAUCUCUUAUCAGCUUCUCUGGUGGGAAUUGGCUUACCUGUUGCACCUUCCUUCGGUUAUGAAGUAGAGCGCGAUAAGAAUGUUGGAAGAUUAGUUCUGAAUCUUAAACUCAAUGCCCGUCUUCGGUGGAAGGUAGGAACUUGGGUCUCUGGUAAAUACAGGUUGAAUGUAAAUUGUGUUGCUGUUAUGGCUUUUGGACCUUCUCUUUCGACCGGUAAGCAAGGGACUCAAUGUUCUACUUCGGUUUGAAACUAAGAAAACUAACUUAUAGCAAUCUUCUUCAGUGAGUUUUAGUAUGAAUUGUAUAUUGUUGUUACUAGAAAAGUGUUCUUGUGAAUUAUUAUUAGUAACUAUUUGAUAUAACAAAAGAUAGUAACAAAAUAUUGUAAGUUAAGAAGAAAGUUUGGUUGGAUUGUGACUUUUGUUUCUGACUGAGGAUAAUGAAGGAUAGGAUUGUUUUAUGCUUUGUUGAGUUUUGCUUUGGUUUUUUGGCUAUGAAGAUAUGAAAGAGUGAGUCAAUAAGUGAAAGGUUUAAUGAUGAAAGUGAGAUUCUAAAGAGAAAAGUUGAUAAAAAGGAAGAAGAUUGGUUGCUUUCUUGGCAA